CAUUGGUGCCAAACUGUUUCAUGGGACUGAGACUUAGCCUGCAGCACAGCCAGUUUCCCCCUGUGCAUCAGUCUCCUGCCCUCAGAAAUACCUUUGCAUGCUCCAGACACUUUGGGUAUCUUCACCAAGGAGCUGGAUUUUAAGGCAGCCUGAUUGCCACCGUGCUGGCAAAGAAACAAGCUGGAAAUGUGGAUUUCUCAGAACUAUAAUCCAGCAUUCAUGUCCAAGGCAUGACCCCAAAGGCCCAAGGAAAGCAAGAAUGUUGAAGAAAAUACAGAUAUGCCUCUGCUUCUUCUUUGUCUUGGGCAUUUUGUACGAGAUCUCCCUGCUGUCCAGCUGCUUCUUCUCCUACAUGCCUAUGCCUAAGCACUUCUUGACACCUGAGCAGGUCUUGAACCUUGGCAAUAGCAUCAUUUUCCUGGAGACGACAGAACGCCUGGAGCCCCCUCCACUGGUGUCCUGCUCCGUGGAGUCCGCUGCCAGGACUUACCAGGACCGGCCCGUCAUCCUCUUCAUGAAGGGACUUACAAACGACACCGCGUUGGACUUGAACUCCAGCUAUGCAGCCUUCUCACUUUUGUCUUCUAUGAAGAAUGUCUUCAUUUUUCCUCUCCAGAUGGAAACUGUCUUCCAGGAGACCCCUCUGCUCCAGUGGUACAACCAGGUAGUCCCGGAGCUGGAGAAGAACUGGGUCCAUGUCAGCUCUGACGCCAGCCGACUGGCACUCAUUUGGAAGUAUGGGGGCAUCUACAUGGACACAGAUGUCAUCUCCAUCAGGCCCAUCCCUGAGGAAAGCUUCCUAGCAGCACAGAAGUCACAGUUCUCCAGCAACGGGAUCUUUGGUUUCCCUGCCCACCACAAGUUUAUUUGGGACUGCAUGGAGAACUUUGUUCUCAAGUACAAUGGGAACAUCUGGGGGAACCAGGGGCCCUUUUUAAUGACACGGAUGCUCAAAACCAUCUGCAAUCUCACAGAUUUCAAAGGCACCGAAGACCACAGCUGCCAGAACAUCUCCUUCCUCAAUCCCCAGCGUUUCUACCCCAUACCAUACCCAGCCUGGGGCCGGUACUAUGAGGUGUGGGAUAAAAGCCCCAAUUUCAGCCACUCCUAUGCUCUGCACUUGUGGAACUUCAUGAACCACAACCAGAAAGCCGUGAUUGCAGGCAGCAACACUCUGGCUGAGAAACUGUACAAAGCCUACUGCCCCACCACAUACGAGGACCUGAUUCAAAAUGCAGAGCUGGAUAAUUUCACAUUCUAUGAGGACACUGACACAGUGUAA